AUGGCCGUCAACAACCGCAUCGUCUUCAUCACGGGAGCCAAUACUGGCCUUGGUUAUGAAGCCGUCAAAGCGCUCUACACUUCUUCAAACACCUACACCAUCCUCCUCGGCACCCGAGGCCUCUCAAAGGGCGAGGCAGCAAUCGCCACCCUCAAGCAACAGAACUCCUCCAGCCAAAGCACCAUCACCCCAAUCCAGAUCGACGUCGAAUCCGACUCCUCUAUCGAAGCAGCCUUCUCCACCAUCUCCAAAGACCACGGCCGCGUCGACACCUUGAUCAACAACGCAGGCGCCGGCUUCGACCGCUCCAUCCAGACCGGCGAGCUAUCCAUCCGCGACGCCUGGCAGAAAUCCUGGAACGUGAAUGUAGCCGGCACCCAAGUCCUGACCACCACUUUCAUCCCUCUCCUCCUCAAGUCUAGCAGCCCACAGCUCAUGUUCGUCACCAGUGGCACGUCUGCGUUGAGCGAGUCGGGGAGAAUGGAUUAUCCGCCGCUGGCGAGAAUUAAUGCUAGCCCUGCUGCCGGCUGGCCGAAGCAGGAACAGAUGAAUCCGAUCACCUGCUACCGCAGCACCAAGACGGGCUUGAAUAUGCUGAUGCGUGAGUGGACGAAGAUUUUGAAGGAGGAUGGGGUUAAGGUCUGGGCUAUCAGUCCUGGAUUUCUGGCAACGGGAUUGGGAGGAGUUGGGCAGGAGCAGCUCAAGAAAAUGGGAGCAAGGGACCCGUCUGAAGGGGGCCAGUUCAUAAAAGAUGUGGUGGAGGGCAAGAGAGAUGAAGACGAAGGCAAGGUGAUUCGGGCGACCAUGAUUCAGCCGUAUUAG